UCCCAGCAGGCCGUGCGGCCGUGGCUCGGCAGCAUGGCGGUGUUUAUGGACCUGAACGUUCUGUUCUCUGCGGAGAGCAGCAGCAUGAGGAGCCUGAUCCAGACCGCCGCGCACCUCGGUUUCUCAACAGUCGCCAUCAACUACGUGUUUGAACCGACGGCCAAAAAGAAACAGGAGAUUCCAACCCCGACACCGAUCAAUGAUCUGAUGACCUGUCUCUGUCUCCGUCAGGGUCGGUCUCGUCCAAUCAGAGUGCUGAACAGACUGACGGUUGUGAUGUCAGACUCCAGUCACUUUAGGCCAAACGCUGCAGAGUAUCGUCACUUCGACCUCCUCGCCGUCCAGCCGACGACAGAGAAACUCUUUCAUGCGGCCUGUAUGCUAUAUGAUGUUGACAUCAUCUGUAUCUCGGUGACGGAGAAACUUCCAUUCUUCUUCAAGAGAGCGCCAGUCAACGGGGCCGUGGAAAGGGGCGUGGUCUUCGAGGUGUCGUACUCUGCAGCCCUCAGAGACUCCACCAGGAGGCGCUACACCAUCGCCAACGCCGUCUCUCUGAUGGAGAGCUGUAAGGGGAAGAAUGUGAUCCUGUCCAGUGCAGCCGAGAAGCCUCUGGAGCUCAGAGGACCUUAUGACAUCACCAACUUAGCUUUGUUGUUCGGUUUGUCCGAUGGAGACGCUAAAGAAGCCGUUUCCUCCACCUGUCGGUCAGUUGUACUACACGGAGAAACCAGGAAGUCGGCCGGUGGGAUCAUCUCCACCAUGAAGACCUGCAGUGAGGCCUCCAGCCAGCAGGGGGCUCCACCUGCCAAGAGAGCCAAGCCUCACCCGACUCCGUGAUUGACAGCUGAGGAGGGCGGGGCUUCUGGACGGAGUCAACAGGCUGAUUCUGAUUGUUGUUUUUCAACAUAAAAUGAAUCCAUGAUGAACUCCACUUUCAUUUCUCAGUUAUUUGUUUGUUGUUCAGAAUGAAUGAUGUCAUCACUAUUAAAUGUUUUGAAACAUUCUUUGUCUUUAUUUUAUAGGUAAAAAGAAAACCCACCUGAGAUAUAAAUCUGUCAAGUGUUUGAUUAAGUAUGUCAUAGUAUAGGAUGAUCAAUAACUAUCAUCUGCAUAAAGAUGUAGAGGAGUAAUGUCGACCUGAUUAGAGAAUGAAGUCUCUGAGUUCAAAUACCGGCCGGCCGCGUGCGUUUUAGUGCACGUGAGCGUACAUGUUAGUGCACGUGAGCGUGACCCACUGGUAAGCUCACGCUCCUCGUGGCGGUUACGGCAGCGGCGUGGUGCCCAUCCUCCAGUUCUUCUGUUAGCACUGUUUACCAUGUUAGCACUGUUUACCAUGUUAGCACUGUUUAACAUGUUAGCACUGUUUAACAUGUCAGCAC